CUUGGUGUUUCAAUAAAGAUCCAUAUUGUGAAAAAUUAUCUGGUUGGUGCCUAAGUACUAAUGAAACUCGUUUGGCUUAUAUGAGAAAGGCUUGUCGACGAACUUGUGGAUUGUGCUUCCAAGGAAACAAUCAGACCGAAGUCUGUGCUGACAAAGAUGGCAACUGUACUCUUAAAGAAAAUGACUGUUAUUUGGAGACGACGGCAGCGCAAAUGUAUCAGUCAUGCAGACGUACGUGUGGCUAUUGUACCGGAUAUUGUGCAGAUGUGGCAGUAAACUGUGCCGACCUUGUCCCUUAUUGCCUCGCAUCCAGCUGGCACCAAGCCGUUAUGCGAUCCAAAUGCCGCAUGUCGUGCUCUUUCUGCAGGUUGCUUUCAUUGUUGGAGGUGAUGAGUGAGGAAUGCGCUCACUCAUGUGGCUACUGCGAUUAUUUCGAUAGCAUCGAGGAUAUUCCACGGGAAUGCAUGGACAAGAGUAGUGAAUGUGGUGCUAAGCGACAUUUGUGUUAUGUAAAAGGCUGGCGAAGUAACUGGAUGUGGCGCUUUUGUCCGCGGACCUGUGGCUACUGCCCUGCUUAUUAUUUCUAAUA